AUGGCUGCUUCUAAGCCCGCCUACAAAGUCGCUGAUAUCGGCCUUGCCGAAUUUGGUCGUAAGGAGAUCAUCAUUGCUGAGAAUGAGAUGCCCGGAUUGAUGGCUAUGCGCAAAAAGUAUGGACCAUCAAAGCCGCUAAAGGGCGCUCGUAUCGCAGGAUGUCUUCACAUGACCAUCCAGACCGCUGUCCUUAUCGAAACACUGGUCGAACUUGGAGCUGAUGUGAGUUACCUUUUGAAGUGUACAGGCAGAUUCUGGUAA